CUCGUGUUUACUUCCAAUUCAAUUCUAAUUAAUUUAAAUUACAUUUUACUUUUUAUUCUUAUGUUUAAUUUAACCGAUAAAUUAAUUAAUCAACUAAACGUGACCUCGAGUUUAUCCAGAAAAAUAACUGUUUUCAAUCAAUUCGCCCCUGAUUAAGUAUCUCAACACAUUCGGUUGAGUUUAUUUUGCUUUCUAACAUUUACUUUGUUUGUGACUCUCUUAAUUUCUGGUUUUUUUGUAUCUUUGUUUUCUUUAUUCAUAUUUAAUUGUUUCGAAUCAAAAUGGUCAAAGAUGAUGGUAAAAGGCCUAACGACUAUGGCGAUGAACCGGAAAAGGCGAAAAAGGUGAAAAAGGUGAAAACCGAAGGAGAUAAGGACAGAAUUGAGGAGAAUAAUAAAACUAGACCAUUGGAAGAUUCUCAAGAUCAAAGUAAAAUUGCAGCCAAAAAAUCGAAAUUAAUUAAUUGUGAUUGGGGUCUAGGAAAGGGUUGGUCGAACAAGAAGAUAAACAAGUAUCAAAUGACGAAAGAAGAGUUUUUUGAUUACAUUAGAAAUCACAAAACUUUAUCAACAACUAAUCUAAUUGAUAUUCGGGGAUAUGGUAACAAUUAUUAAGAAACGAAGAUGACAUUUUUCAAUUUUCUGUUCAAUUUCGUGUAUCUAAGCCAAACCAUUACUUUAAUCAAUUUCUUUUGGACAAUCGGACAUCCAACAAUCACCAAUAAUACCAAAUGAGAUGAAUUCGCAAUACUUUUUUUAUCCAAAAAUUAAUCAAACAAUUAGUUCAGAAAAUCAAUUUCCUUAAUUUUCUCAACCUUCAUUUCCAACAAUUGAUUUUUCAUGAUCGUUGGUUCAUCUGUCAAUUAGAAUCCAGAUCUUCACUUUUCCCUUUUUACCUGAAUGAUGAUGUUAAUCAAAAACUCAUUUCCAUUCAAGUUGUUACAGUUAAGAAAAUUCAAUUAAAAAUUAUUCUCUGGUAA